AUGCCCACGGAAAAGGAAAGGGUCGGUCACGAAUAUCGGCCAUCGGUCAACACCCAUCAGAGCUGAGCUCCCAGCCUCGCUCCGCUUACAUCUACGAAUACAGCAAGAGGACGGAGUCUGGGAAGAAGAGCAACUGGCGCGUCGUUGACUCGCAGCUUCCUCCUCUUCUGUCUCUUCUGCGUUCGCUGAACCUGCGGUUCUCUCCCCUUUUAUCAAUGGCGUCGCUCAAGACCCCACUGCCUUAGCAAGACCUCACUUCUGGUGUUCCUUGCACCUGGUACUCUGAUGGCCCCCGAGGAAGGAGGUGGAUUGAGGGUGCUGCCCGUUGUGGGAUGUCCCUCCUCUCCGUCCACUCAGAUUUCUUGAUCUUCCUUAAUAUUGUUCGGGGGUAGGAAGGCGAUGUGGCGCCGGGAGAUGGAGUGGCUUCUCUGCGUGGCUGACUCCAUCCCGGAGCUCCCUGGUGGUGCUGUCUCCGAGGAGAUGGUCACCAGGCCUCGGCCGGACACAUGCAGGUGCUCAAGGCCGUCAUACAUGGCAAUUAACAGUGGCGUGCUUGGUGAGAUGGAGACCCUUGAUACAUAUCUGGAGAACUUGCCAAAGGAAGAUCAUUAAAGCUCAAUUUUUGACUAUUUUCUACUUCUGACCAUGAUGGAAUGUACUGAUUUUCGAACAAGAAAGUGGGUUCGUCUUGUUGGCAAAGGUUGACUGGACAAUAUGAUUUUUGUUGGGGUUGUGAACGAACCUUAUGCAUCUUGUGGAACCAAAUCAAGGAGAUAAUCAUGUCCAAAACCCAAAGCCAAUUUUCGUGAAUGCCCAGUGGUGAGAUUUUGCUUCUAGUAUGAGGUUACAGGAUUUAAUUUGCUCAGUUCCUGGCGCUUAAGUGGGUUUGUCUCUAUUUAUUCUGCCACCUGCAUAGAAUGUGUAUCAAUCAAUGAAAUAAUAAUUUUUUUGUUGAAAACUAUUCGAAGGGCUCGGCAGAAACCCAGAGCCAAACUUUGCUCUGCUAACUGGUUGAGCUGAUUAGUAUUUAUUUUGUUGAUAAAACGUUUGAUGAAAUCUAUCGUUUUUUUAUUGCUGGGGAUCAGUUGCUCUGUCAUGGUAAAACGUUUGAAAGUUUCAAUUCUAAUAAAAAUCAUUUUCACAAUUUUCCUACUUAGCUUAAUGGUAUAAUUUUUAGACUGAUGGAAUUGAUACAUUUUAGCAGAGUGGAAAAUCCUGUUUGGGCGACAGCCUAUACUACGGUAUUACAGAGAAACAGUUCUUCCCACAAUCUCUAUUAGAUCGAAUGGACUUCUCAUCAGAGCACCGUACUCUGGACAUUGCAAAUAAUCUUGAGGCAGCUAUGCAUGUCUGGAAACGAAAAGAUGUGAAAAGGCAUCCAAAAAAGGGGAAGGAAAAUAAAUCCUGGUGUGGAAGGGCCUAGGCUCUUAUGAAGGAUUCAGCAAGGAGGCAAUGGCUAGCAGAGCGUGUUGAUGCUCUCUUGCAGUUGUUAAGGCUCCGAUAUCCUGGACUUCCGCAGACAUUUAUAGAGAUGAAUAAAAGGUUCAGUAUAAAAAGUUACUGAUGGGCAUAGUACUUCUAACUGUGGCAUGAAACUGAGCCAUAGUUGCAUGUCCUAGAAUCUGAUUUUGGGUUUUCUUUUGAUAGUGAAAAAAUCUGAAAUGAGUUUUUAUCAUAUCCAUAUCUGAUUUUCCAGCAAGUUGUAUCUUUUAGAUUGCUUGUCCUCUAUUUUCCGCACUAAAUGAUUCCCAUCUGUCGAGAAAAACAACACAUGAUCAAGAUAUUUUAAAAACUUUUGCAGGAUGUUGGUCUGUCCAUCAUUGAAAGCUAUUCGAGGAUCAUAGAGAGUUUGGGCUUCAGCAUAUUAGCAAGGAUCAAUGAUGUAAUAUAUGCUGAUGAUGCAGUGAAGAGGUGUUUACCUCCAGAGAAGGUCUCUCUAUGCUACGGGGGAGAAGUACUUCCUUUGUAGCAUCAUGAAUGGCCUUUUCUGUUCAAAUUCUCCGUCCCUUCUCUGAUCUUCUCUUCCUCAAUCUCCUUCAAUUGGGCCCAGGAAAAUUGGUCUGCGCAGGUUUGGCUUUCCCCCGUUCAAAUUGACUCUCCUUUGAGAAUUCUGAUGUUUCUCUGCUAUCAAGUUUAUGAAAACACGUUGGUACUUUAUUUUCAUUUUUCAUUUCAGAUAUGGAAAUGUUUCCUGAUGAUGAAAGUCUGCCGGUCAUGUGUUACUCAUCAUCAUCAUCAGGUCGGGUGAUUCAGAAUUCUGUCCUGGCCUCAGAUUUUUUUAUUUUUUUUUAUUUUCUAAUGUUGGGCAUAAAGCCACCUUGUCUGCAUCAAUAAUCCUUUUUGACACAUCUUCUCAAAGCAUGAUCUUCCUCUCAAUCUAUUUGGGGAAGGAAGCUCAGAAUAUUGUGAUUGAGUAA